AUGAUAUGGAGUAGGUCUUGGAAAAGAAGGGCUCCAGUGUCUGGGAAGAAUGAGACUCCUGUGUCCAGGAAGAAUGAGAUUCCAGUUAGGAAGAAUGAGACAGUUUCCAGGAAGCAUGAGAUUCCAGUUAGGAAGAAUGAGACUCCUGUGUCCAGGAACAAUGAGAUUCCAGUUAGGAAGAAUGAGACUACAGUUUCCAGGAAGCAUGAGAUUCCAGUUAGGAAGAAUGAGACUCCUGUGUCCAGGAACAAUGAGAUUCCAGCUAGGAAGAAUGAGACUCCAGCAUCCAGGAAGAAUGAGAUUCCAGCUGAGAAGAAUAGGACUCCAGUGUCCACGGAAAAUGAGACUCCUGUGUCCAAGAAGAAUGAGAUUUUAGUUAGGAAGAAUGAGUCUACAGUUUCCAGGAGGCAUGAGAUUCCAGUUAGGAAGAAUAUGACUCCGGUUUCCAGGAAGAAUGGGAUUCCAGUUAGGAAGAAUGGGACUCCGGUAUCCAGGAAGAAUGAGACUCCUGUGUCCAGGAAGAAUGAGAUUCCAGUUAGGAAGAAUGAGACUACAGUUUCCAGGAAGCAUGAGAUUCCGGUUAGGAAGAAUGAGACUCCUGUGUCCAGGAACAAUGAGAUUUUAGUUAGGGAGAAUGAGACUCCAGUGUCCAGGAAGAGUGAGAUUCCAGUUAGGAAGAAUGAGACUCCUGUGUCCAGGAAGAGUGAGAUUCCAGUUAGGAAGAAUGAGACUCCUGUGUCCAGGAACAAUGAGAUUUUAGUUAGGGAGAAUGAGACUACAGUUUCCAGGACGCAUGAGAUUCCAGUUAGGAAGAAUGAGACUCCUGUGUCCAGGAACUAUGAGAUUUUAGUUAGGAAGAAUGAGACCACAGUUUCCAGGAAGCAUGAGAUUCCAGUUAGGAAGAAUGAGACUCCUGUGUCCAGGAACAAUGAGAUUUUAGUUAGGGAGAAUGAGACUACAGUUUCCAGGAAGCAUGAGAUUCCAGUUAGCGGAAGAAUGAGACUCCUGUGUCCCAGGAACAUGAAAAUGAAUUUUAGUGUUAGGAAAAAUGAAUGA